CGGUGUUUGGUUCUUCUUCCUUGUAGAUCCAAGUCCAAAGGUUUCCUACGCUUCGCCUGUCUCCAUUGUUGCAGAGAUCUCUGAAACGGAGAAGCGUAUUUCUCUGUUUCUCCGUUUCUUUGAAAGGAUUUUGGAUCCUAUAACCAUUUCUCGAUCUGGGUUCUUUCCAGAUCUGAUGGAAACCAUGCAAAGACUGGGGACGAAGGGCUGUUUGCGUCAAUUUUGGAUCUGUAUCUUGUUUUCCUGCUUGAUUUUUCAAUCCGGAGAUGGAUUUUAUCUUCCGGGUAGUUACCCUCACAAAUAUGGUGUUGGCGACCGGUUAUCAGUGAAAGUAAAUUCUCUUACUUCGAUCGACACUGAAAUACCCUUCAGCUAUUACAGUCUCCCAUUCUGCAAGCCCCUUGAGGGCGUGAAGGACAGUGCGGAAAACCUCGGUGAGCUUCUCAUGGGGGAUAGAAUCGAAAAUUCGCCUUACAGGUUUCGGAUGCACACCAAUGAGACCGAGAUCUUUCUCUGCAAAACCGAUCCCUUAUCUGCUGAUGCGUACAAACUUUUGACGAAGAGGAUCGAUGAGAUGUAUCAGGUAAAUCUGAUCCUUGACAACCUUCCUGCUAUUCGGUACACGAAGAAAGAAGGUUACUUCCUCCGAUGGACCGGUUAUCCUCUUGGGGUCAAGGUUCAAGACGUAUACUAUGUGUUCAACCAUUUGAAGUUCACAGUUCUGGUUCACAAGUACGAGGAGACCAAUGUGGCUCGAGUUAUGGGGACUGGCGAUGCUGCUGAGGUUAUCCCUACAAUCGAGAAGUCUGGAUCAGAUGUGCCCGGUUACAUGGUUGUUGGGUUCGAGGUGGUUCCCUGUAGUUUCCAGCACAACGUGGAUUCAGUGAAGAAUCUGAAGAUGUACGAGAAGUACCCAUCAUCUAUUCGCUGUGAUCCCAGCAGUGUUGCAAUGGUCGUUAAGCAAGAUCAGCCCAUGGUCUUCACCUACGAAGUCUCGUACGUGGAGAGCGAUAUCAAGUGGCCUUCGAGAUGGGAUGCAUAUCUGAAAAUGGAGGGAUCCAAGGUGCACUGGUUCUCGAUUCUCAAUUCUCUAAUGGUGAUCACUUUCCUCGCUGGUAUUGUGCUUGUGAUCUUCUUGAGGACUGUUCGUAGAGACCUUACUCGCUAUGAUGACCUCGACAAGGAAGCUCAAGCCCAGAUGAACGAGGAGUUAUCUGGGUGGAAGCUUGUUGUGGGAGAUGUCUUUAGAGCUCCAGACCAUCCGGCACUUCUCUGUAUAAUGGUUGGAGAUGGAAUUCAGAUUCUUGGAAUGGCUGUUGUGACAAUCUUGUUUGCUGCCCUGGGAUUCAUGUCUCCAGCUUCUCGGGGCACUCUAAUCACUGGUAUGCUAUUCUUCUAUAUGAUCCUUGGAAUUGCAGCUGGUUAUGUUGCUGUGCGGCUUUGGAGGACGAUUGGAUGUGGUGAUUACACAGGAUGGGUUUCAAUCUCUUGGAAGGCUGCUUGCUUCUUCCCUGGUAUUGCCUUUCUGAUACUGACCACUUUGAAUUUCCUUUUGUGGGGUAGCCAUAGCACUGGAGCCAUUCCUUUCUCAUUGUUUGUUAUUCUAAUUUUGCUCUGGUUCUGCAUCUCUGUGCCUCUUACUCUUGUGGGUGGGUACCUUGGAGCUAAGGCACCUCACAUUGAGUACCCAGUUAGGACCAAUCAGAUCCCUCGUGAAAUCCCAGCUCAAAAAUACCCAUCUUGGUUGUUAGUCCUUGGAGCAGGAACUCUUCCUUUUGGUACUCUCUUCAUUGAGCUUUUCUUUAUAAUGUCUAGCAUUUGGAUGGGCCGUGUUUACUAUGUUUUUGGAUUCUUAUUCAUCGUUCUGAUCCUCCUUGUGGUUGUCUGUGCCGAAGUGUCCCUUGUCCUCACUUACAUGCACCUUUGUGUUGAGGACUGGAGGUGGUGGUGGAAGUCCUUCUUUGCUUCUGGUUCGGUUGCCAUCUACAUUUUCUUGUACUCCAUUAACUAUCUCGUAUUCGAUCUAAAAAAUCUAAGUGGCCCUGUCUCAGCUACCCUUUACAUUGGUUACUCACUCUUCAUCGUUCUAGCAAUCAUGUUUGCCACAGGCACAGUUGGGUUCCUCUCUUCCUUCUGGUUUGUGCAUUACCUGUUCUCUUCAGUGAAACUAGAUUGAGCUUCCGCACCUCAUGAAAUGUUCCUCCCAAAACAUUCGUGGAGAUACAGUGGAGAAUUGAAAGCCACAACUCACAUAUGCGUUGGAGUUGUCGCCUACCUGUCCUGGGUUCAUGUUGUUCUUAAACUUGGUUAAGAGUAAUAAUAACCUCAUCUAGUUUUGAUUAAUUCUUUAGCAGGUAAUUUCUGCAUGAUACUGUUAUUUUCUUGCAUCUUGAGAGAUAGGUAGUAGCAGUUGCUGGUAGUUGUGGGUAUCAAAAAAUUUCCUCUGUAAUUGGUUUAUUGAGGAUGGUUUAUGUAUGAAUUAUAAUAGAGAUUCGUGGUUUUCGUGUUCUUAAUUCCGAAUUGUCUAAAUAUUUUAUUUGAGAAUUUCUUUUUAA